AGCUACCAAACUCGAAUAUUUUCGAAAUUGCUGAAAGAAUAGCACCCAUUUCUCUGAUUUUCAAUUCAGUUUUUGAUCGAGGUACGUUCAGAAAGAGCAUACAAUUUCUGGGCUACCCACGAAGUUCAAAGAAAACAAAAAAAUAGCAUCGAUUAUUUUGAUUUUGGUUUGGUAAAAUGGGUCAGGCAUUUCGUCGAGCAACUGGAAGGAUUGGAAGCUCCGCAGUUGAUACGACGUCGCAGCUUCGGAAACCCAUUGAGCGACCCCCUGCGCCGCCCCCGAAUCCUGCUUCUUCUUCUAUUUCCGUUGACAAACACCCAAGUGCUUCUGAGGAUACAUCAAAAGUAAAAGCAGAAAAUGUCCUUGAGGAUCGAGACCCGCAAUAUGAUUCCAUGCUCAAUCAAAUGGUGGGUAGAAUUCAAGCAAAGCCUGGAGGGAAGCUUGAGAUGGGAGAGGCCUCGGUGGUGGAGAGUUACAAAAGGCCUUUGCCAAAACUACGGAAUACAAAACCAGAAUCUGGCAGGUACGAGGACUGGUCUGCUCCUCCUGGAACACUGAAGAUAGCACAGCUACGCCAAAUCAUUCUCUUGCACGAGGGCAAGUCAGAUGAACAUGACGGUCCCAUGGAUGCUGGCCAAAUUGCGGAACGGUUCCGGAUCGACGUAGCGCAGGUUCAAAAUAUCCUCCAGUUUGUAUCACUUCCUCCAGAGGAUGACAGUAAAAAGAAAAAUGAUCAAGGAUGAUCACAUCUUAUUCUGAUAGCUUCAUUCAUGAUGUUUUUGAAUAACUUUUUGUACGAGGCAUAGAUCUUCUAGAGGUGAGAACUGCAAAUUGUACCAGGAGAGUGUUGAAGUGUUACACUUGAUAGUGAUUUUUUUACAAAAUGUUGUAAUAUUAAGCUUCCCUAUAUAUUCUUGCUUGUUGGAAAUAAUACUGUCAAAAUAGGUUGGAAGAAAAUGGAUUUAAAUUGGAAUUACGAGAUUUGUCUCUCUGA